AUGCCCGCCGAACUACCAGGCUAUCGUUUCGACGCCGUCACCAAUCGAUACUACAAGAUCCAAGCCAACCACGUCGCCCCGGCGGGAUCGAACUACAGCCGGCAGGCCGUCAACGCAGAAAAAGCGAUAGAGUCGACGCAGCGGCACCAAGAAUCGUCAAGACUCUCCAAACAUGCAUCCACCGUGGCCCGGGCGAAGGCGUUGCAGAACCCGCUCCUAUCAUUCGACAGACGUCUGGGAAAUCUGCGCACGAGCGCGCAGGCCUAUAUCAGGGAAUACUACGCCGCCAGUCUUUCCGGGGCCGAUGCAUUCAGCGGGCCUAUGUCCAUGCCGCAGAUCCUCGGGGACGAAUACAAGCCGGCGGGACUUUCAGAUCAAUUCGCCAUAGAAGAGACAGAUGGCUCUUUACUCACAGCUCUCUCGUACAAAGCCCGCGGAUCGCGAGCAUUAUCUCUGCUUCUCGCAUUCGACCGGGGCAAGAAGUCGUCGGAUGUUGUCGAGGACUACUCUUUUUCUCAAGGUACAGCACCCGACAACCUUGACCACGACGGCAAUUGGCCAUCAUCAUCACCAUCACCAUCACCAUCAGAUGUCGGGGGAUAUCUGUACUCACCGCACCACAAACGUAUCUUACAGAGCGCGCCUAAAGUCGAUUGCAUGCUCUGGGCCGGUCCGGGACUCGUAUGCUGGAGCCACGAGACUCAGCACGGCGGCGGUGGACAAGAAGCCAUGGGCAUGGGCAUGGGUAUGCCCUACCAAUCCGACCUGACUCUCUCACACUGUUCGGCGCCUGGCCGCGCAAUCGGGCUAGACUUAAUGGUCAGGUUUCGGUUCCAAGCGCGCGUCCUCGAUCUGGCGACGUCGCCGUCCCGCACGAGCCUAGCGAUCGCCACGAGUAACGGCGUGUCAGUGAUGACGGAUCUCGAGUACGGCCAGGAAGUCGUCUCGACCGCCAUCCGCGGCGAGCAGAUGAAAGUGGGCUUCAAGGACGAAAACGUCUUGAUGAGCGGCUCGCGGUCAGGAAGGUUGAUGUUUUGUGACACGCGGUCGGUCGCAACAGCGACAGCGUCAAAUCCACAGUCCAGUUUAAACUCGGAAUCUGCAACGGCGGCACUGCGCAUCCAACAUUCCAGCGCGAUUAGCGGCAUCGCAGCCCUCCCCGACGGCAACCGCAUCCUCGUCAACGGACUGACAGACAUGAAGAUCUACGAUCUCCGCUUCGCGGCCGCACCGGCGCUGAAUCGAACCCGACUCCCUCGCGAGCGUCAUCACAGAUACCACCGCGUCUAUACGCCCAGUACGCCCGUUGUGACCUUCAACGUGGACCCCACACGACGUCAGAACCGGUAUGGGCUGGGUUUCGCGUAUGAUCCGGAGCUGGAUCUCGUGGUCAGUGCGUCUACGGACAAUUAUCACAACCAUCGCGUCGGGGUGUGGUCGGCGCAGUCGGGACAGAUGCUGGACAGUCCGCUGAACAGUCAUGCUUUUCGGGAACCUGUUACGUGUGCGAAGGUUGUGCGUGUCAGGGAUGGGCCGAAGAGUGUUUUGCUCGCUAGCGCUGGCAAGAUUCAUGAGUGGUGUGUUCAAGGAAGGGGGUUUGAAUGGGAGCAGGAGUGA